AUGGCGGCGCCGCCCCGGCUGGGCGCGCAGCCCCGCGCACGGCGCUGCCGCCGAGCCCGCUCCGGUUACAGCCCUCCCCCGCCCCCGCCCUCCGCCGCGGUGUCUCCCCCCUCCCCGCCACCUCCCCGCCUGUCACUACCACGCCGGAGAGCCACCAUGGCGCACGGCGGGCCACGCGUGUCCGCCGCCGCCGCUCCGCGCGGGGCUGCCCGGCUGCCGCCGCCGCUGCUGCUGCUGCUGCUGCUGCUGCUGCCGCCGCUGCUGGGCGCCGCCGCCGCGCCGCGCUGCGCGGAACCCUGCGGCCGCCCGCGUCCCGCAGCUCUGACCCGCGGGGCGCGCAGCCCGCCCGAGCCGCGGCCGGGCAGCGGGGAGGCGGCGGGGAGCGGCCGCUCCAGGAGAGCAUCCUCGGCGGCCGGCCGGGAGCAGGUCUCCCUCAUCAGCACCUCCUUCGUGCUGAAAGGGGACGCGUCUCACAACCAGGCGAUGGUGCACUGGACGGGCGAGAACAGCAGCGUGAUCCUGAUCCUUACCAAGUAUUAUCAUACUGACAUGGGGAAAGUGCUGGAGAGCUCGUUGUGGAGGUCUUCAGAUUUUGGGACAUUAUACACAAAGUUGAAUCUGCAGCCUGGGAUUGCCACUGUUAUUGACAAUUUCUACAUUUGUCCCACCAACAAAAAAAAGAUAAUUCUUGUAAGUUCUUCCCACAAUGACCAUGACCAAAGCCUUUUCAUAAGCACAGAUGAAGGAGCCACUUUCCAGAAACAACCCAUUACUUUCUUUGUGGAAACCCUCCUUUUUCACCCAAAAGAAGAAGAUAAAAUACUUGCUUACACCAAGGAAGGCAAGGUCUAUGUAUCUACUGACUUGGGCAAAAAAUGGAUCCUUCUGCAGGAACGAGUUUCUAAAGAUCAUAUUUUUUGGGCCGUUGCUGGAGUUGAUGCAGACCCUGAUUUAGUUCAUAUGGAAAUCCAGGACCCCAGUGGAGGUUAUCGCUACAUCACUUGCCAGAUUCAAAAUUGUUCUGAUAAGACAAUGACAGUCCCAUUUGCUGGUGGUACUGAUCGGGAUUCCCUGACUGUGCAGGAUGACUACGUAUUUCUUCAGACAACAUCAGCAAAUCGGACCAAGUAUUACGUGUCUUACCGUCGAAAUGGCUUUGUACAAAUGAAGUUGCCAAAAUAUGCAUUACCAAAAGAUUUACAAAUAAUCAGUACAGAUGAAAACCAAGUUUUUGUGGCUGUUCAGGAGUGGUACCAGACAGACACGUACAACCUGUACCAGUCUGACCCACAAGGUGUUUACUACUCUAUCCUGCUGGAGAACGUCCGGAGCACGAAGCAGCCAGAAGAGAAUGUCCUGAUAGAUAUCCUGGAGGUCAGAGGUGUAAAAGGAGUCUUUCUGGCCAACCAGAAAAUUAAUGGGAAAGUUACGACUCUGAUAACCUACAACAAAGGCCGUGACUGGGAUUUUCUAAACCCUCCAGACAUUGAUAUGAAUGGCAAACCAACAAACUGCAAACCUCCUGAUUGCUAUCUUCACCUCCAUCUCCGGUGGGCAGACAAUCCCUAUGUGUCGGGAACAGUCCACACGAAGGACACCGCACCAGGGCUCAUAAUGGGGGCAGGUAACCUGGGGUCCCAGCUGGUUGAGUAUAAAGAGGAGAUGUACAUAACGUCUGACUGUGGGAACACGUGGCGUCAGGUCUUUGAAGAAGAGCACCAUAUCUUGUACUUGGACCAUGGUGGAGUUAUUGUGGCUAUCAAAGACACCUCUAUCCCUCUGAAAAUACUCAAGUUCAGCAUAGAUGAAGGCCAGACUUGGAGCACACAUAAUUUUACCAGCACUUCAGUCUUUGUAGAUGGAUUACUUAGUGAACCUGGAGAUGAGACACUGGUCAUGACAGUCUUUGGACAUAUUAGCUACCGUUCGGACUGGGAACUGGUGAAGGUGGACUUCAGACCAUCCUUCCCCAGGGAGUGCACUGAUGAUGACUAUGAGUCUUGGGAGCUCACAAAUCUGCAGGGUGAUCGUUGCAUCAUGGGCCAGCAGAGAAGCUUUCGAAAGAGGAAGAUUUCAUCAUGGUGCAUUAAAGGGAGAAGUUUCACAUCAGCUCUCACAUCCAAAGUUUGUGAAUGUGUGAACUCUGAUUUCUUAUGUGAUUAUGGGUUUGAGCGCUCUGCACUUCUGAAGUCGGAGACUAACAAAUGCUUUGCUGACUUUUGGUUUAACCCAGAAGCACCGCCUGAAGACUGUGUGCUGGGGCAGGCAUACACCAGCAGCACUGGGUACAGGAAAGUUGUCUCUAAUGUGUGUGAAGGUGGCGUAGACCUGCAGCAGAAUGUAGCACAGCAUAUGUGUCCAUUGAUCGCUCCCAAGGGACUUCAGAUCAGCAUCAGAGAAGAAAGCCUGGCUGUUAGGCCCGGGGAAGACAUCACCUUCAUUGUCAGACAAGAGCAGGGUGAUAUAUUGAGUACCAAAUACCAGGUAGAUCUUGGAGAUGGCUUUAAGGCGAUAUAUGUGAACCUUACGAUGACUGGAGAACCCAUCCGUCACCGCUAUGAGAAUCCUGGGAUUUACCGUGUGUCAGUGAAGGCUGAGAAUGUGGCUGGGCAUGAUGAGGCUGUGGUGUUCAUCCAAGUCAACUCUCCACUCCAGGCUUUAAACUUAGAAGUGGUUCCAGUCAUUGGAAGAAACCAGGAGGUGAACCUGACAGCCAUCAUACUGCCUAAGAACCCUAAUUUGACAGUUUUCUACUGGUGGAUAGGAAACAAUCUUCAGCCACUGCUUACAUUGGAGAGUUUUCUGGUGACCAAGUUUGCUGAGACAGGUGAUGUCCGAGUUACAGUGCAAGUUUCCUGUGGGAGCUCCAUGCUUCAGGACUCAAAAGUUGUCCAUGUUUUUGAUCAUUUUCAUGUUCUUCCUUUGAAGUUUACUAAACACCUGGACAUGUACAACCCCGACAUACCAGAGUGGAGGGAAGACAUAGGGCGGGUAGUAACACGACUUCUUGCAAAGGAAACCAAUAUACCUGAAGAAACACUCAUGACAGUUGUGAAACCUGGUCUGCCCACAGCUGCUGACUUGCAUGUGCUACUACCAGCAAACCAACCAAAAAAGAAGAGAAGUUUAACUAGUGAUAAGAGAAUAGCAGCUAUAAAGCAGGCCCUGAAUGCACACAACAUCAGUUUCUUUCUGAGGGGAGGAUACUGGGUCUUGGUGACUUUAGCUGACUCCAGUUCAGACUCUCAGAGGAUUGGAGGAGGCAGUGGCUACUGGGCUAUUGUGGUUCUCUUUGUUAUCUGUCUAGUUGCAGUCGGGGCUUUCAUCCUCUACAAGUUCAAAAGGAAACUGCCAGGCAGAAAUGUCUACGCCCAGAUGCACAAUGAAAAAGAGCAGGAGAUGACAAGCCCUGUUAAUCACAGUGAGGACACCCAGAACAUCAUCCAGGGUGAGGAGUUUAUUGAUGAUGAUCUGGACUCUCAAACACUAGGUAACGCAAGAGUGACUCCUUCUGGGAGAAGUGGCAGCUUGAACAGCUACAGAGUUCCCUUAUUGCUGAUGCCGGUCAGUGUCCAGUCCCAGGCAAUCACUCAGGCGUGGUUUUGAGCAUCAACUCCAGAGAGAUGCACAGUUACCUGGUUAGCUGAUAUUUGCAGCUGAACACAAAACCCGAAAGACUUCUCUGUACCAUUUUAUUUUUCCCUGGUGAUGUCACAAAAUUGCAAAUAUGGCUGUAAAUGCUGAUGGAGAGGAGAUUUCAUACCAGUCCUGUGGAAAAAAGCAUCCAUCUUCAGUUACCAAGGGCGAAGGCUAUGUCGUAUUCACUCUAUGGCCUGGGAACUCAUCACGAUUGAAACUCAAACUAUGGUAGCAAAUUUGUAGCCCUAGGCACCUUCAAUGCCACCUUAUUUCUUUUCUGUCUGUGCUCUGUUUCUUUAUGUUUAUUUUUAGAAUGAUUGACUGUAACUUUUUAAUUAUAUUUUUAAUUGAGGUAUUCAGCAGAAGGCUGGGACUCUUCAUCCUGGUAAGGUGAUUUUUACACAAGUGACUAGACCAGAACAGAUGGUUGGUUGAUCACAAUGACAAUUUUUUUAGGAGGUCAAGUGUUUCUGUGCUGGGAAAGGACUGAGUGAGAGACAAAUGCACUCCUAGUUGAGACAAGCUCUUAACUUAAACAUGUGUGAGACAAUCUAAUGAAUUUAGGCUUAGGUCCUUCUGUGGAUUAAAGGAAGUAAAAUGUUAAUUAGGAUAUCUCAUAAUAUAUGAUCAUGCUCUUGUAAGUGUAGCAAGUCCUGACAAACUAUCAGCACCAGUAUCUUCCCCAGUCCCACCCUGGGUGAAAGAAAAACACCAGCUUGAUGCUAUUUCCAGACCAGGUGCCUUCACUUGCAGACAGUCAUUUCAGUUCCUCUCUCCUUUCUCCUGAGUGAGCACCUCCAGGAUGAUGGCAGGUGCCAGAUGAGUUAUCCUGUAAAACCCUGUGCUAGUGGCCUGUCUCUUUUUAAAUUUCCAGAGAGUGUAAAUACUUCUUUUAAGUCACUUUCUUUGUAUGAUUAUUUUUUUUUUAAUUUCCUAUUCGGGCAGAUGUGCCAGAUAGGUCAGAGCUCUCCUCCGGGAAUGGCUGGGUAGCACCACCAUCUCCUUCCCACUGCAUCCCCGUUUGAGAUUUCCUCUGGAUCUUUGCCCUUGCAGGUUGGAGUGGGCAAACUCUGACCUUUUCCACUAGGGUUAGUUUGACAAUCUGAAGUGUCAUGGGGAGGAUGGGAUGGGAUUUAGGGGUUCAUAUUUCCUUCCCAUCACCACAGGGUGUCACUCAGUCCCUACCACCACUGACCCCUAUUCCUGCAGGGAGGGCAAGAGAGGGAGGGAGGGGCUUCUGGAGGAGCUGCCUGCAGAAAGGCUGGUGAGUCAGGUCAGUGUUUCCUAAUCCCAAUUUUGUGAGCUGGGUCAGAGUUUCCUAGUCUUGACUUCUACAUCCCCAGGGAACAGCAGCACAGUGAAUCCACACCCCUCUUGUCUUUUCUCUGCCCUUAAUGUCACCUUGUAGGAAACUGAGUGUGGUGUGAUGAGCUUAAGGGGUGUGCGUGUGUGUGCCACAUUGCCUGGAAUUAGGAUGCUUCUCUCAGAAAUCUGUAUAAUCUCUUUACUUCUUGCCUUUAGAGAAUAAAUAACUCUGUACUCACUGAAUGUCAUACUGAUGCUAGGGACGAGCUCGCACACCACCUUGUUUAAGAAGUAUACAGAUAGCUAAUUACAUCAUCCAGAAUAAGCAAACAGAAAAUAAUGAAUGCUAGUAAAAUAGGAAAGAACUGUCUUAAAAUUAUUGUAUGCAUUGGAGUCAUUCUUCCAUGUAGCUGUGGAUAUCCUAGAGCAUAUUGUCAUCAAAUGCAAGAGACUGGGGUGUAAUAAUUCAGUGUAGUACUGUAGGCUCUCACAAACCCCAUAAGAUGUAUGUGUAAAGCACAAGAAAAUCUUGCUUAUAAACUUACUGUAAGGAACUAAGUGGAAAAGUUAGAGUGAAGAUUCUGAAAAGCACUUGCAAACUGCUCAGGAAAAUAAUUUCAAAAAUUGUUCUAAAAUUUCUACCUAUUUAGUUGUAUAGUGCCAUGUAAAUUUAUUAACAGAGAAAUACUGCUGCAUUUGACUGUUGUAUGCCAGACUGUGUGGAAAUCCAAGGUCUUAAAGGUAUCUGAGUCUGAGUUUCUUGAAGAGAAGUGCAAAUACAAAAUGUGCUGUGCAUUGGAAACUCUCAGGAUUGUUGCAGCAGGGGCUUCCCCACCUCACCAGCUCUCCUUGUUUUUUCUAGUGGAAUGAGCUGGAGCAGAGAAUAAAAUAGUAUUACAAACAUCUUACUUGUUCCUGUGAAAUAAAAUCUGAAGUGGGUUAUUUGUAUAGGGCAGGUGAGUGGCAAACCACCCUCACAGAAAGGGGUGGGAUGGAAGUUCUAUCUUGGGAUUGUUCUACAUGGUUAGUCUGAUUGGCAAAGGACUCUAUUGCAACUAGGUCACACAUCUAAUUUAUGCUUUAACAGCUACUUUUAUACAUUUAAUUCAGGCUGAUUUGUGUCUCUGAUCACAGGAGUCUUUUGGAACACAGUAGAAUAUUGCUUGGUACUCUAAUUAACACUUAGCACAAUAUAGUGCCUGUAAUAAUGUUUUUCGAUGCUAAUUAAUUUGAUUCAUGCACUACUCCUGUGAGGUUGGUUUGUCAUGUCUCAAAAACACUGUUUUCUAAAGAGAUAUUGGUAUUGCUGUAACUUUAUUAAUAAUACCCAGCAGAUAAUAAAGGAAGCCCUUGAUUUCCCUGCAAGAAUAACUUUAAAACAAUUUUAAAACUGAGAAAAUACUAUUACCAUUUUCUAGUGCUAGAUUUCAAAUCUCUUGAACUACAUCCAUGAUAUCUUACUAUUUUAUCCUUUAAAUGAAUCUAAAAUCCUGAUACAUGUGUAUUCAGAAACAAGUUGCUUCUAUGCACAAGUACUAGUUACACAUGCAUGCACACACACAUGCAGUAUUUUUACAUGUUAAUCAAAUUUAUUAGUAAAGACUUUGGGCAAGUUAUUUAACCUGUACAUGCCUCAGUUUCCCCACCUAUAAAAUGGGGCUGAUAGUAAUUACCUAUCUCACAGGGAUAUUGUGAGGCUAAAUUAAUUACUGUUAGUUCAGGAUCAUCACAGUCAAAGAAUUUUGUGAGCAUAAAGUAUUAAUGGUUUCACUUUCUUUGUUUUACUUGUAAUUAUUACUGUUCUUAAAAGUAGUCCACUGAAA